AUGGAUACCCUCAUGAGCAGUCUGCCUCCAGAGGUCGGCAAUAUCUUGAUGGGUGAUAUCACUGUAGUCGAAAUCAUCUCCAUGUUCGCUAUUGGUUCGUUCAUGGCUCUGGAAGUUGCCUUGUCGACGCUCAACCAGUUCAAGCGCUAUCGGGGCCUUUACUUCUGGAGCAUGCAAAUCGCAGCGUGGGGAAUAGUCGUGCACGGAAUCACUGCACAAGGCCAAGCAGUAGUCCUCUACUCCCGCCUCCACCUCGUCGUCUCAGACAUCAGCCACAUCCGCUGGGUCCUCUGGAUGAUACUAGCAAACUUCAGCAUCCUAAGCGUCCCAAUGACAGCCCUCUUCUUGUGCCAAAACCUAGGCAACAACCCAAAAUGCGCAACGCCCGCUGCAAUCUUCGACAGGGUCCAAGUCCCCGGCUUCGCAAUUCAAGACAUGAUAAUAAGCGGUAUCUACAUCCGCGAGGCACUGCGCGCCCUAAAACCCAUCUUCGCCAUGAAAGGCCGUGCAGGCCGAAGCGUCAUCUACCAACUCAUCAUUAUAAAUGUGAUCGUCGUCGGCCUGAACACCACCCUCGUCGUUACGGAAUUCAAGAUGCAUUUUAUCACUGUUAGUUACAAGACUGUUGUAUACAGUGUCAAGCUCAAGCUUGAGUUUUUUAUCUUGUCAAAGCUGCGCGAGCUUACGAGGACUUAUCCUUGUGUUUGUCGCCCUGGAAAUGAUAGUCCGCGUGUGUCGAGUGAUAUUAAUAUCUUCGAUUUGCUUGCGAGGGGCGGUCCACGCGCGCAGGAUGUGGAAAUGGAAAUGGAUUUGGAGGCGCAGGCUUCGCCACGGUUUGGGGGUGCCGUUAGUCCUACUGGGUUGCCUCGUUCGAAGAGGAGUAGUACUUAUGAUUUUCAUGAGGCUUUGAGGGAGACUAGUUCGGCGUCGGAGAAUUCGAUUGGGCAGUUGCAUAUGGAUGGGCGGUUGCAGGAGCGCUCGUCUGAUACCCGGUCGACCGUUGAGAUGAGGUUGGUUGAAUCUCGUUGA